UGAUCCUCAGCCUGGUCCGGUCGACUGAAGGGUUAAACCGGUCCGCUAAUCCUGCCCUCUGGACCGGAUAUGUCAGAUAAUCUCGUGCGGAUUAUGGAGCAUUCACCUUUAGCCAAUCACAUUUAACCCAAUAUAUCUGAUAACAGAUGUUACACUUUGAAUCCACCAGGGGUAGUGGGAGAGUAAGAAAACGUACAGCAGCUUUUACAGCCUCCAGGAACGUGAAGGGAAAGUCCAUCUGAAACUAGAAGGCACAUUUCGCUCUUCCUGUGUCCUGAAACAGUAAGACCAGUAAAAUGGACAUUCGAAUAGAAUAAGACUUGGUGGAUUUGAUUACUCCAAAAGAAGCCUUGACUCAGAAGGAAACAAAAAGAAAAGCAAGACCUUCAUGUCAGGCAGUACUGGACCGCUUUGACGAGCAGUACAGUCAGGAGCUUGGAGACUUGUGGGAAUCUGCAAGAGCAGUGCUCCUGGACCCUGGCUCUUGGCAGUAUGGGGUCAUGCUCAACCGCUUCAGCAUCGUGACCGGCAUUUCACAGAUCCUCCAAUCACAGGGCUUUUCCACACUGCUACCGCAAACGCGCGGCCCCGCGGUGCUUCCUAGCGGCCCCGCAGCGGUGUCACGUUCAAAAUGCCGAGCGGGAAAAGGCUCUCUGUUGCCACCUGGCCACAUCUCCAAGUGGCCUCCCAAUGACUCCUAUCUCCAACCUGACAUCAAGUCUCCCGCUCGCGAUCAAGACCUUGAAUCGGAGCCCUCGCCCGGCUUGUCCCGUCCCUCACUACAGUGUUACAUCCAUCCACGUCCACUGCGGUUUCCCUCUCAGGCUCACAGGCUUGGCCAGCUGAAGCAGUACUUCCUCCUGAAUGCCGCCUCUUUGCUUCCAGUGCUGGCUUUGAAAGUGCAAGAUGGGGAGAAGGUGUUGGAUCUUUGCUCGGCCCCUGGGGGCAAAGCCGUAGCCAUAUUGCAAUGUGCCACUCCAGCACUUCUCUGCUGCAAUGAACCUGAUCCUCAGAGACGGGACUGGCUGGCCAAAACCUUGGAGUCUUUCUUGUCCCAGUCGCUCACCAGCAGAGUGAUCGUAUCUGCACAGGACGGACGAUCUUUUGGGCAAAGCGAGGCGGGAACAUAUGACAAGGUUUUGGUCGAUUCUCCGUGUUCCAACGACAGGAGCUGGUUGUAUUGUGGCGGUCAGCAGGGGGAACAGAGGCUGAAGGAGAGAGCCGGGCUGCCUGCGCUCCAGGCUCAACUGCUCAGGUCCGCGCUGUCAGCCGUGCGUCCAGGGGGUGUUGUGGUCUAUUCCACCUGCACUCUGUCCAGCUUUGAGAACUUUGCCGUGGUCGAGACAGUGCUGAAUGACUGUCCUGAGGCUGAACCCGAAGACCUGUGGGAGGAGAUUGGCAUUCCUUUAUCGGAACACUUUACAUUUAGGACUACUCACCCUGGUGGUAGUCAGACGCCUCACAAUGCAUCCCUGCAACCGCACAACGCUCCCUCGUCCUCUUAUCGCCACAGACUCGGCCUUUUAGUGGUUCCUCAGCCGGGCAAGACCUGGGGACCCAUGUUUUUGUCUCGGAUUAGACGAAGGAAAUAGCGUGCAUCCUCCUGUGCACAAAAGAUACGUGGAAUCAAAUGGCUUAGCGGACACAUUUCCUUCCUGCAACCUUUGCAACCUGUGGGAUAGAAUUACUGCCUGGAACUCAAUCACAUAAACUGACAAACACGCUGAUUCGUUUUUGUGUUGCAAAACAAAACAAUCAGUAAUUUCAGGGUUAAUGGUUUUCUUGUAGAUGUUGCAGUCCACCCUCUUCUUAUUUAUUAUUGCUAUUUAUUGUUCUGAUUGAUUUUUGAAGGUCUCUAUGAAAACAAAUGGCUCAACACAUCAGAACAAGUAGAAUUAGAUGAAAUCGACCAAACGUGUUUUUUAUGAAGUGCUUCACAUUAAUAACAGUUUCCACGUUGAGUGAUACAAUUGAUCAUACUUUAAGUCAAUGUUAAAAAUGAAUCCACAGUGGAGGAUUGCAUUAGGGGUGAGUGCCUAUUCUGUGAGCAUUAUUUCUAUUUGGAGAAAAGAAGGUCACAUUAAAUAACUUAAGUCUCUAAAUCAAGUUGCAGUCAUGAAUUAGUAUUGCAUCUGGAUUUAAGUCACCAUCACAUAUUUUAAAAGUUUCUCUCUAAACACCUAUGAUUAAUAAUUAUUAACUUAUGUUUGUUUCUAAACAUCCGUGUGCCGCAGCACUAAUCCAAAUCUCAACACAUUGACAUUGCAUGACACAUAAUACUAGGAAGGCCAGUAAUAUAUAUAUAUAUAUAUAUAUAUAUAAUUAAUACUUUCUGUUUUCUUGUCCUACUCUGAAUUAACUCGUGCUUCGAGUCCCACUCGCAGAAAUCUUUCAUCUGUCCUCACACCUCCCCGCGGAGUGAUUUCAUCUCUUACAGCGGCUCAUUACGUGGGCGGACGGUUCUCGUGUGGCGUGACUGAAAACUAGACUGUUUCAUUGCAGGGCUGAAGCCUUUCAUCCGGCUGUGAUUGCUCAGACCAGAAGGCGAAGGUUGUUUUGAAAACAGCUGUUUCAUACAACACACAAGGACACAUUUUGACCCUUUUGAGAAUAACAGACGGACUAAAGCUCACUGUUGAAAGGCAGUUGUUUCAGGUGAACGCCUUUAUUUUCUUCCUAGAUACAUAAAGCCGGUGGUUGGGAAGCAAGAAAGCCUUUGAGACUGGAUGUCUAGGAUACGAUUUCUGAAAUAGGAACGGCCACUUGCACCGGUUUCAACCGACUACGCCGUGGUCACACGACACGAUCAUUUUUGGGGGGGAUUUAUAGAGCUGCCUUGAUUGACUGUCCCACUUUCCCUCCACUUUGAAAAGAAGCUUUUGUUUCUGAUUUCCUACAACACCGAGACUUCAACGCAGCUGUAAGGUGUCCAGAUGUGGACAUGAAGUGGGGCUUGGUUGAGGUUAAUCGUGUGACCUUUGUGUGAACUCUGGUUUGUUGAUGUUCCCCCCACAUCGCAGUGUUUCCUCAGGGGGAGAAUCUCUGAGCAGCUUCUCCUGCACUUCAAAGGGGCAGAAUGUAGGCCUGCUUUGCAUAAUCAGGUGGAGAACAGCUUUUUGCCAGAGAGGCAGGAAUUAAUUUGUGGCACCGCCAGAUGUAAUCAUUAAAACCCGAGUCAUUGACAAUAACGGGAGCCCGAGCAGGAGGAACUGUAGGGAAGGAGAUGUGGGGUCCAUAAUGCCAGAGGACAAUGUUAUACAUAUUAUUGGCAUACGUGGCCAAAAAAGACAAUUCUGGUUCAGAUCAAUUCGGACACAGGACACUCUAGAACAUCUCCGAUGUGCUACAUUGAUUAUUCGCAGCAUCAAACCUCUCAAUAAUCAACCCGUCAAUCUGACACAUCCUUCCCUGUGACAAAUGUUUGACUUGAAGCGUUUGACACCAGACAGUCAACAUUUGGGUGUAUAGAUUUAGUGCCGUUUGGGGUUUCCAUCACUCAUUUCAAACGUCAUCAUUUGUCAAUAUUCCAUUAGUGGAAGUGAGAGGCUCUUGAUUGAUUGUCACACUACCACUCGUCUCUGGAGGGGGUAAAGUCAGCAAACGAAUACUUACUGAGGUCAAGUCAAAGUGUUUGUCAUCGGCACACAAAAGCUCAGGAGUUUUGUUAAUUAGGCUUUUACCAGAAUAAGCACAUCGUGCUACCGAGCAAGAGGACACGCGACUGCAAAGAGAAGAUCCAUGGAAACCCUUUUCACAGGUAAAUAUGGACACAUCAGGCAGUGCAAAGAAGAACUGUAUCAAAUUCAUUGUGGCGCCAAUUAAAAUGCCCUCAUAAGGAAAACGUUUGUUUACAUCACUUGGAUCCAGCCUUUGUGGUUGUACUGUUGAUUAAUAUUGUAUAUUAUUAGAAGCCACACAAGGUGGUUCAUUUUUGUUUGGUAUAUACUUUUAUUCAAGAGGGACUCAUGAGCAGAAGAAAAAGCACUCAAGCAUCAAGGGCCCCUCAGGACCGCAGAGUGGCCCCCGAUGAGCUUCACCAAGAGCUGUUCCUCCGGUGAGCCUCGGCAGCUGCGAGGACAGAGACGUCCGUAAAAAGCCGCAUGAGAAGACAAAGCAGGGGCUCCACCGACUGAGGCCAGCGCGGAUUAGCCGACACAGGACAUUCAUUCAUCCUUGAUUUGAGAGAAAAGCUACAAUGUCUUUUUUUCCGUUUUUGAGUAAAUCGUUACACAAAAUGUAUAACUGGGAGUAAUUAAAGACAUUUAAAACAGUUA